UUAAAUAAGGUUUCAUCGUGACUUUGGCAUCAUGACAACUUAACCGAUAGCCCCAAGACACCAGCUGAUCAACCCUUUCUUUCUUUUAUAUUUUUACAUUUUUAUUUAUUUAUUUAUUUUUGUUUAGGUUUGGAUUUUACUGGGGUAAAAACCCCCAUACAAAAACAAAAAACUCGUAUAAAACUGUCUGUUAAAAAAGAUGCUUACAGUGAAAAUAACUCAUUUUUUACUAAUAGAUGCGAAUGGGUCAGGGUGUUUUGCCACCUCGUGCCUCCAGUCAAACAAUGCUCAGCAGCCUUUCAAAAUCAAAUCAAAUCUCUUUGUGUCAUGUCAUCAGUCGAUGGGUGUGAGAAAGUGAAAAGAGGACGUUGUCAGCUACAAGGACACAAGAAACACUCUCAACAUCCAGCUGCGCAAUACAGAGUUCAGUCGACACUCUGCCAUGCCAAGGUCGUUCCUCGUCAAGAGUAAAAGGACUCACCUCUUCAGCCCGUCUAAGGAUGCCUUUAGACAGCAGUGCCUAUCCCAGAGAGAUGCUGAGGUGCCAGCGGCUGGGAAGGACGGCAGGCGCCGUGAAGAUGCUACGCAGCUUUCGUCCCCCAUCUAUGGGGUCAAAGAUUUUGCGGCCGAAGCCUACUUGCCGUGGAAUCGGGUGGCGGUCCGCUCUCACAGUGACCCCACGCAGGACCGUUGGCCUUCAGCCCCCUUGGAGAAAAUAAAUGCUCCUCUGCUGGUCUCGCCGUGGUUGGCAGACAGACACCAAGCAUCUGAGAGAGAGCGAGAGUUGGAGAGACUGGUCUUCAUGUUAGUCAACCACACAUCGCACACUGACCUCAAAUCCCCCGUCAGUGAUUGCCCGCUGUGCGAGAAGUCCCUUUCAGAAGUCUUAAUAUCAGGAGCUGGUCUACCGGUUUGUAAUGUUUUCUCUUCUCCACUGGCAACAUCCCCCACGGCCACAGACAUCUCCCACAUGCCCUUUGGCUUCAGAACAAUCGGCAGCUAUGGUAGAGCUAAGGAGCGUAGCUUUGGCUGCAAGGUGUGCGGAAAGGUGUUCAAGCGUUCGUCCACCUUGUCAACCCACCUCCUCAUCCACUCAGACACUCGACCCUACCCCUGCCAGUACUGUGGCAAAAGGUUCCACCAGAAGUCAGACAUGAAGAAACACACCUUCAUACACACAGGUGAGAAACCGCAUGUGUGUAAGGUGUGCGGUAAAGGAUUCAGCCAAAGCUCCAACCUCAUCACCCACAGCCGAAAGCACAGCAGCUAUCGGCCGUUCAGCUGCCCCCGUUGUCAGCUCAGCUUCCAGCGGAGGGUUGAUCUACAGCGCCACCAAGAGACGCAGUGUGGUUACGGGGACAUGUACACUCAAACCUGAGCCCACGAAGCAAAGAAAGUAAAAGUGGGCAGGGUGACAUCUGUUGUAAAUGUAAAAGUCUGAAAAAUAUGCUUUAAGUAAUAAUGCUUAGAAGGGAAUAAAGGCGGACUGGUUUGCUUGAAGAACUCUACAGGGACAUCUUUGAUUAAAAAAACCUCCCAAAAGUCAUUCACAAAUGAUGAUAAGGUUAUUUUCUAAAGAUUUUUUGCAAAGCACAAGUGUUCUGAAGGUAAUGAGAUGUUAUUUCCAUUGCAAUAUACGUGCACUUGUGCAUGAUUGUCCCAUUAUUGACUGAAGAGCAUGCUUAAUGUCCUGCAGCUGGGUCAUGACACAGAUGACUCACGGUGAUCACUCACAGGAUUCCCCUUGACUACUGCAUGCACAUGAAGUCUAGUUUGAAUUUGCUUUGUGAAAAUAAAAGAAAAACACUUGUGUGAACAUUUUGUUACGUGUUUAAAGUUGCAAUAUUGUUACAUUAAAGGGGUCAGUCGCUUAAAAAAGAACAAAAGACAUCCUUCCUGUUUUGGUGUAUCAGCUGCAGAGUUGUGUGCCUUAUCUUUAAGCUAAUGGAAGUAAUUGGUGUCUUGCGGCUUAGAGGAGCAGCAAUGGCUAAUUGAGAAGAAAAACCAACAAAAAUCACACAGGAACUAUUUUCUUUCUACACCAACCAGCCAUCUAUCUUAGCAGGUAGCUCCAAGACAGGCCAUGCUUAAGGGAGCACAUGUGUAUGAAAGUGUACUGAGGCGGAAGAUCGACCCAGAGGUCAAGUUUAAGAAUGAUCUCAUUCCACCCAAACGUCAGCAGGUUCAGCAGU